GUACCUUCUUGUACCUAACUUUGUGUGUCGUGUGUGUAAACUGAGGUUAUGUCUACGUUUUUCUUUCUUAUUUAUUACCGUCCAGCCAUAGCCAAUUGGAAUUGAGCCAACAGCCAGUUAGUUCCUACUUUGUCUUAUCGAAAGACUGAUUGUUUGUAGUCUGUUUUUUCAUGGUUUGUGUGAUAUAAGAUCAAGCUUCCAUUAAUUUGAUCUAAUUUCUCCAAAGCACACAAUUUUUCAGCAGAAUAGGCAGUCAAAUUGAAGAGGAAAAGGAACUUAUAUUCAUGUCGCAAGAAAGAUAAUUGACAUAAUCUGAUAUUUAAGUACAUUAAACGAAUAGGCAAUCAAUUUGUAGAGGAAAAGGAACUCAUAUUCACGUCGCAAGAAAGAUAAUUGACAAUCUGCUAUUUAAAUACAUAAAUAACGGCUAAAAAGACAGAGUUUUUACUGCCUAUACUAACGGUACUACACAAUGAAAAAUAGGCAGUCGAUUUGAAGAGGAAAAGGAACUUUUAUUCAUGUUGCAAGAAAGAUAAUUGACAUAAUCUGCUAUUUAAAUACAUUAAACGGCAGCUAAAAAAAGUUGUUACUACAAUAAAAGUACUACACAAUGAAAGUAAGUUCACUAUGUAAAACUUAAAAUUCAAUUUAUACAUAACUUUUACAUGGCUGAUGCAAUAUUAUUAAAAAACUACAUGAAAUAUAGAAGCAAAGUUUUCUUAAAUAAGCUAAUUUAACUUGAUGGUACAUCAAAGUCAAGACAAAAAAGCAAAUUGCCUCAAGUAGGCUAUGUUGUUUGAUAAUUAUAAUACAAAUAAUAUUUGAGCAAGGGUUGAUGAAAUGUUAUUGAUACAUAUAUAUAAUAACUGUUCAACAUUUAACAAAUCCUACAAAACAAGGCAUAUAUUUAGAUAAAAAUGCAAAGCCAAUCGACAAACUCCAAUCAGUUACUAGCUUGUCAGAAAUCAGAAUAAAAAAAAUGUUUAAUAUCACUAAAAAUCUUACAAAUAAGUGUCCAAUAUGUAGAAAAAUGUUUUCAACUAUAUCAUCAAUGAAGUGUCAUAUAUACUUACACACGGGCGAGCGUCCCUUUAGAUGUUUGACUUGUGAUAAAACAUUUAUUCAGCUACAUCAAGUGAAGUGUCAUUUGUUGACACAUUCUGGGAAGUGUCCUUAUAAGUGCACAAUAUGUGGAAAAUCUUUCCAAACUAACAGCUAUAUGAAGACUCAUCAUACAACAGUUCACAUUGGAAAGCGACCUCAUAAGUGCACUUUAUGUGGAAAAUCUUUCCAAACCAGGAGCCACAUGAAGAAUCAUACAUUGGUUCACAUGGGAGAGCGACCUCAUAAGUGUACUAUAUGUGGAAAAUCCUUUAAAAGCAAAAUAUAUAUGAAGCGACAUACAUUGGUUCACACUAAAGAAAGACCUUAUAAGUGCACUAUAUGUGGAAAAUCCUUCAAAACCAAGAAUGAAAUGAAGCUUCAUACAUUGGUUCACAUGGGAGAGCGACCUCAUAAGUGUACUAUAUGUGGAAAAUCCUUCAAAACCAGCUGCAGUAUGAAGAAUCAUCAUACAAUGGUUCACAUGGGAGAGCGACCUUAUAAGUGUAAUGUAUGUGGAAAAUCUUUCCAAACCAACGGCUAUUUGAAGAUUCAUCGUACAACGGUUCACAUGGGAGAGCGACCUCAUAAGUGCACUAUAUGUGGAAAAUCCUUCAAAACCAGCAGCAUUAUGAAGAAUCAUAUAUUGGUUCACACGGGAGAGCGACCUCAUAAGUGCACUAUAUGUGGAAAAUCUUUCCAAACCAGCAGCCACAUGAAGAAUCAUACAUUAGUUCACAUGGGAGAGCAACCUCAUAAGUGUACUAUAUGUGGAAAAUCCUUUAAAUGCAAAAUAUAUAUGAAGCGACAUACAUUGGUUCACACUAAAGAAAGACCUUAUAAGUGCACAAUAUGUGGAAAAUCCUUCAAAACCAAGGAUAAAAUGAAGCUUCAUACAUUGGUUCACAUGGGAGUGCGACCUUAUAAGUGUAAUGUAUGUGGAAAAUCCUUCCAAACCAACAGUAUUUUAAAGACUCAUCAUACAAUGGUUCACAUGGGAGAGCGACCUUAUAAGUGUAAUGUAUGUGGAAAAUCCUUCAAAACCAGCAGCAGUAUGAAGAACCAUCAUACAAUGGUUCACAUGGGAGAGCGACCUUAUAAGUGUAAUAUAUGUGGAAAAUCUUUCCAAACCAACAGCUAUAUGAAGAUUCAUACAUUGGUUCACACAGGAGAGCAAUGUACGUGAUUGGUGGUUCUGAACCUGGAACCCUGACUGACAAAUUGAGAAAAAAUCUUAUUCCUCUAUAGAGCUAUGCUCUAGAGCCAGCAACCUAAUUCCUGCUAAACUCUAACUAAAAUCUAACUAAUCUAAAACUAAGGAUUCAUCUUGAUGCCAUCUUCCCUUAACCACACCCUAAAUCAAAUAUCCAGCCUGUUUUAGGCCUGUGAGAAGGCGAUCAAAGUGAGUACCUAUGAGGAGAUAGAAAAGAUAAAAUAACAGUUCUUCAGCUGUACCUAAUUUCUGGUUUUAUUAAGAUUUUGAAUAAUUUAAAUUUUAUAUAACUUGCUUUGAAAACUUAAACAUGGUAGAUACAAAUUUAAAUAAUUACAAAACAAACCUAUCUGUUUUUAUGACACUGAAAUUUACAUUACAGUACUUGUAAUUUUAUAUAUACAACUAGCUGUACCCGCAGGCUUUGCCCCGCUUAACUUCAUAAGUAUAAAUAAUAUAAUGUACAGAACUACCUUAGCUUGUUAAAUAAUCAUAGUUUUAUAUUUGUUGUACAAAAUCCAACUAAAAUUACCAACACUUCUAAAACGCUUGUUGAUCAUACUUUUAUCACACAUGCCAAUUUAAAUAUAUUCAAUAAUUAACUGAUCACUGUUUAUUAGGUUUAAAGAUGUACUAUUCAAAUAAGAGCAUUAUAUCAAAAGAGCAAGAUAGUUCAUCCUAUUUUCAAAACACUGUGAACUAUGAUUUAGUGAAUAGGAAGUGAAAACUGGGAAGAAUGUUUCAUUACAAAUGACGUAAAUUAUAGUUACAACAUAUUUAAUGGAAAACUAGUGUCUAUUGCAAGUAAUUCUAUGUUAAGCUUCUAUUUGAAUGGUAAACUUUGGUCAACGGGAAAUAAGUUCUGUUCUCUUUGUAAUAUGGGCGAAAUUGAAACCACAUUAUAUUUCAUCGCUAUAUGUCCAAUUUUAAGUAAUCUUAGAUUAACAUUUUUACACAAAAGGGUCCUUUCUGAAGGGGAUUAUAUUAUUUUUUUAAAUGGCAGGGAUUGGCGAGUGUUAGUAAAUUAUUUAAAAAAACGCCUGGCAAUACAGGUGGAUUUUAAUACAAGAAUUUAACAAUUGAUAAAAAUAUCAUACAAAUUUAAUCAUCCAAACAUCUCAACACAAAAAAAAACGAUAAAACUAUAGGAAUUUAGAGAAACUGGUUAGAUUGUAUUUAUAUUUCUUAACUUAACUUUUUUAUUUUAAAGGAAUCCAAUAACUGUUUUGUUAGAUUUAGUUUUAGACGUGCCAACCCGGCAGACGACCUAGAGGUUAUUGCUGUAGUGCGUAGGCACGUCCCCUGCGUGGGACAAAUUAACUUGUAUUGUGCACUGGGUAUUUUGAAAAUAAAACGCUUUUUCUUCUU